CGGAUGCCAAAAAAGAAAUCACAUACUAUUGUUAGAAAAGUUCAACAAAUUCGCAACGACAGUUUCCACUCCGCGCAGGGCCAAAAUUCUAACAAAUUCGAUCAGAGACAAAAUCGUUUAAAAAUUCACUAAAUUUUUUGAGUGCAACUAUACACGUAUAUGAUAUCUACGCGCGUCCCUCGUUUUCUGAUAAACAGGUGGUUCAACCAUUACCACAGCAAUCUUGCGUUUGAUAUAAUUGCGAGAACAAAACAGUGGUAAAAAAAACAACAAAACUAUAAUCUUGGGAUACAUCAUUUUAGAUGCAAAAAUGCAGUUAAAGAUGGAAGCGCAGACCACGCAGCAGCAACAGCAGCAGCAGCAGCAGCAAUUGCAAUUGAGCAAACAGCCAGUAUUGCUGGACAAGAUUAAAAGUGAGACCAGCAAUGGCGCGGAUAAAUUGACGCAGCAGACAUCCAACGCAGGCACACUGGAGGCGCAGCAGUUGGCGCAGGACCAUCAGCAACAGCAGCAGCAACAGCAGCAACAACAACAGGCCACCACACCCGUCGGAGUUCUAGUCCAGACAAGCCAAGCCAGUGCUGUGGAGGCGGAUAAUAAGUUGGCCCCAUACAUGAUAGUGCAACGCCCCCAACGCCGCAUCCUUACCACAGCGGGCACCCUCGAACUGAACGAUCCACGUGAAGUGGAGCUUUCCACAACCACCAGCAGCACGAGCUCCAGCUCGGCUACAGCCGCAGACGCUCACCAGGAAUAUCAGCGUACACAUCACUCUUCACCUGCCGCCCACUACAUCCAAAUGGCUCCGCGCAGUGGCGAGGAACAGCAGCAGCAACAGGUGGUGACGAGUACAGCGUCGGGUGCCUUGUUCUCCUAUUCCAGUGGACAAAUUAUAUACACGGCGGAAGACGGGGCCGCCAUUAAAAUAGAGACAAUUGACAAAAGCGAGGUGUCCUCUGAAGCACAGCAACAACAACUGCAGCACCACCAUCAUCAGCAACAACAACAACAACAGCAUCAGCAAUGUCCCACACCCAAUGGUCCCUACACGGACACCAUUGUGGUUUCCAGUGAACCACUGCAGCCCCAUCAUCAUCAGCAGCAACAAGCGGCUGCGGCAGCAGCUGCCGCUCACAUAGCCUCGUCCGGCCAGAGUCUGCCGCACAACGCUCAUGUGAGCCUUCGCUAUGAGGAUAGACGAUUCACCAGCGCCAACACCGAUCCCGACUCGGCCAACACAAGCCUAUACUAUGAGGGGCCUGUGGUGGACGCUAGUGUCCAUCCGAACGAGUCUAAAACGUAUGCGGACUUGGGUAACGCCUACGCCUUCCCGCCCAGCUCGACGUUUCCCACGAGCAACUCCUAUUCCACGGCGUUGCAGCAGGGUACGCUUUAUAGCGUGCCGGCUGCUGCUUCGUUCAUUACAAAAUCAGACCCGAACAUGAAUCCAUUGCGGCAAGCUGGUUCAGGCUCCUACCAAGCCAUACCCUUUCAGGAUAACGGAAAUCCCAGCGAUCCUGCGCUGUGGACCGCAGCCGGUCCCGAAUACCAGAAUGUCACAUUCUCCGGCUAUCACCCCCAGGUGAUCGAUGAGUACGCAUCCGGGAAUAUGACUACCGCGCAUUGGCCCAUGGCCGCAACUAUAAGCAACUACGACGGCACCCUGACCACGGCAACAGCCAUACCACCUUCACAUGCUGGAAUGACAGAUGUGAAGUGCGAGUCCUGUAGUUCGAUGUACAUACGUAAAGGCUCGGACUGGUUUUGUCCCAAUUGUUCAGGCUAUAGUCGAGCCGCACGAAUGCCACCACGCCAGGCGAAGCCAAAGACGACCGCAGCGCCAAAUAAUAGGCGGAAUGGGAUUAUCUGUGCCAAUUGCCAAACCAACGCGACGACCCUUUGGCGCCGAAACAACGAAGGCAACCCGGUGUGCAAUGCGUGUGGGCUGUACUUCAAGUUGCACAAUAUGAACCGUCCGCUCUCCAUGAAAAAGGAAGGCAUACAGAAGAGGAAGCGCAAGCCAAAGAACAAUAAUGGAGUGCCUAUGCAUUCACGAGCCACCCUACCCAAUUUCAUUUUUACAGGCAUGUCCCAGGGCGUAAACUUGAUGGUUAACAAUAGCCCGCUCUACCCCUCCCAGGUGAUAUUGAGUAACAAUCAGCAAACCGGUAGUCCCGAGCUCCAUGACAUGUCCACAACUGGUGCCGCUGCUUCUGCUGUCGCCACCGCCGGUUCCCGUGUGGUGGCCAUUGCUCUGAAUCCAUCGGUCCCGCCCACUUCAGAAGCUACGGUGACGGGCACUCUAAACAUGUCGCGUCAACACGAAAGCCAUUCGCCCUACAGCCAACCAGCGCAGAGUCAAUCACCGCAUUUGCCGAAUUCGAGCACCUUAAAUCGUCAGAUGUCGCAAUCAGUACCUCCAAUUGAAACCGGCCGUAGCUCUAAUGGUGAGCUCCCUCCAAGCGUUAUAACGCGUGUCGAGCGUCCAUCGAAUAACUAAGCUAUGCCCAAAAUAAUCUAAACCACCAAAAUUGCCAAAUUAUGUAUUUAUAAGCUUAGAUAUAGAACUGUAUCCCAGUAAAGUCAAAUUAUAAUCGAGAA